CUUUGUAGAGUUCCCAAAAUCCCAUUCCACUACAUGAUUCACAAUUUACAUUAAACCUCUUCCCACCAAUGAGGUUUUUACCGGAAGAUGAUGGCUGCUUUUAAUAAACAAAAGCCACGCACAUGCCGGUCACUAUUUCAUAACAAAUCACCUGUAUGUUUAGAAUACUCUCUGGCCAUAAUGUGGACUACGGUUUUGUUAACAUUAUCUACAUGUUUUCAAAUAUGUUUGGUGUUUAUAUCCCAAUGUUUAUCUGUUGCUGCCCCAGAGUCGGAAGGAAUGUUUCGUCGCCUACCAUGGUUGGAUAACAUCAGUACGAGUGAACCCUUGCAGAGAAAUUAUGGUGUAGCCGCAGCAGAUGUCGACUUAGACGGCCAAAUUGAAUGGCUUGUUGCUGGUUUCACAGGACCAAAUUAUGUCUUAAAGUACAAUGCUGAAUUGAAUAUAUUACAAAACAUCGCCAAGACAAAUAUUUCUUUGAAAAGCCUACUCGACCCCAAAGGCAGAGCUAUAGGUGUUUGUGCUUGCGACAUUGAUGGGGACGGACGGGAAGAAAUAUAUUUCCUCAACACAAAUGAUGCAUAUGCAGGGAAGUCCAGCUACGGUGACAAACUUUUUAAAUACAGAAAUGGCCAGUAUGUUAAUUUAUUUGAAGAUGAACCUAAUAGAAGAUUGGAAGCUAAAAAUUACGCAGGCCGAUCCGUAGCGUGCGUUGAUCGCUUUGGCUCUGGUAAAUAUGCAAUUGCCAUAGCAACAUAUUCUGAUUCUGGAACUGGUUGUUUUGCACUUUUGGAAAUGGAUGAAUCUCACCCAUAUAAUAAUGUAGAAACUGGUUACGUCGUUCUUAGGAACGCUGCUAAGGACGCCAGAAUAGACCGAUCAACCGGUGGUAGAGGAAUUGUAGUAGGACCCAUCUUAAAUAAUGAUGGGAGAACGGAUGUGUUUUUUGGCAAUGAAGGGAAUAGACAUCUAAAUAACAAAGGAGAAAAUUUUCUAUUCCAGAAUCUCGGAAAUGGCUCUUUUGUUGAUGUGGCUGGAGUUGUUGGCAUUUCAGAUGAGAAUGAGAACGUUAGAGGCGUGGCCAUUGCUGAUCUGAACCACGACGGGCUAGUGGACAUCGUUUAUGGAAACUGGGAAGGAAAGCAUCGUGUAUUUAUCCAGGAAAAAUCAUCUGGGCAAACCAAAUUCAGAAAUAUCGCCAUAGAGGCUUUAGAAGAACCAUCUUUAAUAAGAACAGUCAUUGUUGCUGAUUUCGAUAAUGAUAGAUCGUCCGAUAUAUUUUUCAAUAACAUAUACGGAAUGUCAUCAGUCCAACCAAAUCGUCUAUUUACUGUAAAGGCCAGGAAAGAUGCAUCUCCCUUAAUCACACCAUUGAAUCCAGGGGAUGCAUUAGAAGAGGAUGGGUGUGGCACUGGAGCUGGCGUGGCCGAUAUUGACAAUGACGGACAGCUUGAUCUGCUCGUGUCACACGGAGAAAGUAGUGCCCAGCCACUGAGGGUAUACAGUGUUAAUAUUGGCGGUAAAAACAGUUGGAUAAGGGUCGUUCCUCGAACAAAAUUUGGUGCACCUGCACGUGGUGCUUCAGUUUCCAUGGAAACAUCAAGUGGUGACCAACAGCUGUCUGUCAUAGACGGCGGGUCUGGAUACCUGUGUCAAAUGGAACCAGUCGCUCAUUUCGGACUUGGAAAAGACACACCUGUAAAAAUGCACGUGACGUGGCCCGAUGGCAGGCGAGUAUCACGUGACCUAACAGAGAAUGAUUCAAAUACUGCGCAUGUAAUUGAUCACCCAGACUUUGUACCACCCACAUCGGAUAUAGUAUCGAGUAGGAAAGUUAAUGUGACGUUAACAAAGACCAAGACGCACGAAGAACUAUAAACGCGAAAUUAUCAGGACUUUCGUAACGCCAUUUUGCCAUACGUACAUAAGAUAGAUAUGUGCAUCGAUACGUAAUAUUUAAUGAUACUAGACAGCGUGUCCGUCAAAUUAAAAAAACCCGUGUAUAUUCUAUCAUGCGCAUUAAAGUUUGAACACACAUCA